AUGGCGCAGCUGCUGCUCCUGACCGGGCUGGGAGUGGUGGGAUACGCAGUGGGGCGGGUGGCUGAGCUGGCGGGCAUCAAGCGGGCGUCACGGGCUGCGGCGACGUACUUUGCGCAUCUCGCAGCCGUCUUUACGGUUGCUGCGGUGCGAUGGUGGUGCCGAGUGCGGGUGCGGAUGUCGGCCGAGAGUCGCCAGGUGCUGGCAGCGAUGGCGGCAGACCAUCGCGGCGGAGUCAUACUCGUCAACCAUCCCUCGUACGCCGAUGCGCUUGUUCUCGGCAGCGUACUGUCCAGCAUGGAGGACGUGGGCACUAGGUGCCUCCGCUACGUCUCGAUCCGAUACCUCCUCGCCUCGCCGCAUGCUUGGCUACAAGCGCUCCGCGGCGAUGUGUUUGUGGCCGGCGGCGCCCGCGAAGCUGCUGCGUCCGCUGUCCGGGCCGGCGCCGCGGAUUGCGCCUCGCCCGACAAGCACACCCACUGGAUGCUGGUGGCGCCCGAGGGCGCAGUCAUGACUGCUGCGCUGGCGGCGUCAUCACAAAGGUGGGCCGCGAGCCGCGGACGGCCGCCACUCCGUCUUGUCCUCUACCCGCGGACCUUGGCCGUGGGCGAGGCGAUGCGAGUUCUCGCGGCCAAUGCGGCUCUCCACGACGUCUACGACAUCACGCUGUGCUACCCGGGUGGUCACGGCCCACGUGUUGUGGACAUCCUCUUUCCGCAGCACGACCGCGGUCUGACCAUCGACGUCGCUGUUGUCCGCCACGAUCCGCCACCAAAGGAGAGCCUGGUCUCGGAAGACGCCCUCGAGGACUGGCUCUACACUUUGUUUGCAGGCAAGGAUGCUGCCCUUCAGGCGAUGGUGGAAGCGGGAGCGCACUCGCGGCUGCCGCCGUCUGGCUUCGACUCUGGUGACAGCCGCAAGAUCGGACAGGCGGCAUAA